GUACCAAUAUGCGAAUACGAUUUCUAAUUUCCAAAUGUCUUUCUUGGUUUUCUUCUUCUCCUCCUUUUCCCAACUUCUUCCACCACUCUCCAGCUGCCUCGGUAGCAGAGGAUAGCCGUAUAUGGAUUCAAUUCUGCUUUAGCCCGCCACCUCCAGCGGCGCCAUCCAAUUCCUCUGCUACUUCUUCUCUUCAUCCAUUUCAAUUCUCAAUUCUCAAUUCUCAAUUCUCAAUUCUCAAUUCUCAAUUAUCAAUCUGGCCAAUUCUAAAUCUCAAUCUAAAUCUGGCUCUUUCGGCCACACUAGCCCAAAUUCUUCAAAAAGUUCUGAUUAUUCUAAUUCUAGCCCUCCAAGUUCUUCAUCCAUUUCUCAAAAUUCAGUUUCCAGAUCCUUCGCAUUGAACUCUAUCUACGCUUCUCUUGUCCGCAUGUGUAGAUCCAAAUCGAAAACUGAUGCAACAGAGCCCACCACCUCCUCUCGCAUCCGCAGCUCUCGACCCUCACGGCCUUCGAAGCGUGCUUCAUCUCUGGAUUUUCCAACUCCUCCCGUAUCUUCUUCAACUUCGAGUGGUCUGACCUCCAUCAGCAGGGGCAACACUUCGAGCGGCAUUAAUACUAGUAGUUCCAGCAAUAGGGAUACCUCCAGAGCUUCGAUUUCAAGCAAAACCUCCCUUUCCAGCCUCCGUGAAUCUUUGCCCGAAAACCCCCAUAUCUACAGUUUCUCUGAAAUCUGCGUAGCCACCAACAAUUUCUUGGCCAAACGCUUCCCAUCUUCGUCUGCCGCUUGGCGUUGUUCCCUCAAAGGCAAGGACGUCAUCGUCUUCCAGCGCAGGCUCCGACGCUCCUUGGAAGCCCCCAAGCUCCGUGAACGCCUAUCCUUGAUUUGUAGAAGCCACCACGCUAGCUUGAUCAACCUGCUAGGAGCGUCCAUCUCUGGCGAUCACAUCUACCUCGUCUACGACUACGUGAACGGAGCCAACCUCGCGGAUUGCCUCCGAAACCCUAAAAUCCCAAACUCCACCGUCCUCUCCAACUGGAUGUUGCGAAUGCAAGUGGCCUUGGGUAUAGCCAAUGGUCUCGAUUACAUCCACAAUUCACUUGGGCUAAGCCAGAAUUUCGUCCACAACCACAUCAAGAGUACCAGUGUGAUCAUCACCGAUCAACCCUCUUUCCACGCGAGGAUCUGUCAUUUCGGUACGGCAGAACUCUGCGGAGAGAUCCCCGAAUAUCAUCAUCAUCCAAAGAAAAUUGAGGAGGACGACUCGGAGAUUACAGAGAUACAAGAAGCCUCUUCUUCGUCGUCAUCGAAAUUGAAGAGAACAGACAGUAGGGGCAUGAGAUUCGAAGGUACGAGAGGGUACAUGUCUCCGGAAUUCCAAGCAACCGGCGUCGGAACUCAGAAAUCCGACGUGUAUGCUUUCGGAGUCGUUCUCCUAGAGCUGUUAUCAGGAGAGGAGCCAUUGAAGUACAAGAUGGACAAGGAAACGGGAAGUUACAGAAGAGUAUCCGUGAUCGAAACGGCAAGGGAAGCGAUGGGGGAGAGCACAGGAGAAGAAGCGAGUGGAGGUGGAGGAGGCCGGUUGAGAAGAUGGGUGGACCGGAAGUUGAAAGAUUCGUUCCCGUUAGACGUGGCAGAGAAGAUGACACGUGUAGCGUUGGAUUGUGUUGACGUGGAACCGGACAGGAGACCUGACAUGCGUGAUGUUGUAGGAAAGAUUUCGAAACUCUAUCUGAAGUCGGAACAGUGGGCCAACCGGAUGGGUGUUGUUCCAACGGACUUUACAGUAUCCUUCGCUCCUCGUUAAUAUCAGUUGGACACGUGGAACUUUGGUUGAUUGACAUAAAUGCCCCUCGUGAAUCGGGAAUCGUUAUCACUCAUCUAAAUUCUUGCUUUUUUUUUUCCAUUUGAUUGUUUCAGAAUUGACUAAUUACAGUACGUGUGUGGAAAUCAAAGAGAUUCAAAUUCGUAAACAGAAACGUCAAUCUUGGAGGUAGGCCAACCCAACACAGCAUUAAUUUAGUUUGUAUGUAUAUUCGUUCGUUUGUUGUAUUAACAUAACAAUGACAUCAUACGACACGUCGUGUGCCAUUUUUUUUUAGUAAUAAAUUGAAAAUAUGAUUUUUUUUU